UACAAUCUGCUUAGUUCUUUCGAAAUUUUGGAGCUCAGCAGAAAAAAUGUCAUAUUGUUGUUCUCAAUGGUGGCUGCUUUCACUGGCAAUAUUUCUCUUGGCUUUAACGGUUCAAGCUAAUGAAAAUGUGGUGAAAACUGCUGUCUUCCUAUCUCCAAAGUUUGUGCUUGGACCAGGACAAGUGGAGGAUAAAAUCUACUAUAAUAUUGACUUUCCAAGAGGUCAUAUUGCAAUUAAGGAAUUUAAUGGUGAAGUGGUUGAUGAGUUGGGAAAUUCUGUGCCUCUUCAUGAAACUUAUCUCCACCACUGGGUUGUACAAAGAUAUAAUGCUCCCAAGGGUGUGAAAGUCCCUGAGGGUAAUGGUGAUCAAGAGCUCCACUUUUCAAAGAAUUUUGCAGUGAGAAAUGCUGGAGUAUGUCAGGGGAGGGUUCUGGGGCAGGAGUUUGGUAUUGGAUCUGAAACACGCAAAACAAAGGUUUAUGUUCCAGAUCCUUAUGGUAUAGAAGCUGGGAAUACAGUGGAAAUUCCUAAUGGCUUUGAGGAGAGAUGGAUGCUCAACAUUCAUGCAAUUGAUACACGAGGUGUGGUGGACCGGUUGGGAUGCACAGAAUGCAGGUGUGACCUCUACAAUAUCACAAGGGAUAAGUCUGGCCGGCCUUUGCGUCCAGGGUAUACUGGAGGCCUAUUUUGUUGUUAUGAUCAAACACAGUGCAAGCUGCAAGAAGGUUUUGAGAAUAUUAAGAGAAGCCUCUACUUGAGAUAUACUGUAAAAUGGGUUGACUGGGAAGACACUAUUGUGCCUGUUAAGGUUUAUAUAUUUGAUGUUACUGAUACAGGGACAAGUGGUUGUCAGAUAGAGUAUGAUGUUGAGUCUUGUGGUGGCAAUGAUUUGGGAAAUAGUAGGUGCGUAGAUACCAAGAAAUCGAAAAUUGUCAUCCCCGGUGGGGGUGAGAUUAUUUAUGGUGUUGCCCACCAACACUCCGGGGGAGUUGGUUCGACUCUAUAUGGAGAGGAUGGUCGAGUUUUAUGUUCUUCUUUACCAAUUUAUGGAGAAGGGCAGGAACCAGGCAAUGAGGCUGGUUACAUUGUGGGAAUGUCCUCCUGCUAUCCUCAACCAGGCACAGUUAAGGUAUUUGAGAAGGAGACUUUGAUUUUGGAGUCCAACUACAACAGCACCCAAAAGCAUACAGGUGUGAUGGGCCUCUUCUACAUAUUGGUUGCAGACUCACCACCAAAGCUCAUGCCUUCAUUAAAAACUUAUGUUCAUUAUCAAUGGGCAUUAAUUUUGAUUGGAGUGGCUGUAGCUGUUAUUGUUGGUGUUGGUUAUCUUCGAAGGGAUCAAAGAGAACGCGGUUACCAGUCCAUAGUGAUGAACCAUUAAUGGAGAAGUGUUACAGUUGUUUUGGCCUUCAAGAUUCUAUUGUCAUUUCACACAACUCUGCAUCUCACAGAUGAGACCCUUCUGCUAAAUACAGCAAUAAUUCUGAACUUUGGUUUUUCAUACUUUUGUUAUAUUACCCGAAUAAUGAUGCUAUGACAUUAUGAUGCU